UGCGCACCGAGGCCAAGCACACAACACCAGCUCAUCAUCACAUCCAUCUCAUUCAUUCUAGAGCGAGAUCAAGGUAGCUGCAAGCCUGUGCGACCAGAGAAGGAGAACUACUCUUCGCCGGCCGGAGGAGUACGUGUUCAUCACAAGUAGUUGGGGACAUGGAAACCACCGUUGUGGGAGACCUCAUGGCGACCGAGCUGAGGCUUGGACUGCCGGGCACCGUCGACGACAGCUGCAGCCUGCAGAGCCAGGUGAAGGCGACGACGCCUAGGGGCAAGAAGCGCGCCACCACCGAUGCCGCCGUGGAGGACGCCGCCGCCGCCGAGGAGGCAACAAACAAGCGUGACGACGCCGAGGCAGCACCCCCAGCAGCCAAGGCGCCCGUGGUCGGUUGGCCGCCGGUGAGGUCGUACCGGAAGAGCUGCUUCCAGCAGGCGAUCAGCAGCAAGCAGCAGGUCAGCAAGCAGGCGGCCAAAGAUGAGGCGGCGGCGGCGUCGCCCAGCUGCACGGCGCCAUCCGUAGCCGCCGCGAACACCACCGCCAGCGUCGGCGGCGGCUCGUUCGUCAAAGUGAGCAUGGACGGCGCCCCGUACCUGAGGAAGGUGGACCUGAGGAUGUACAAGGGCUACAGGGAGCUCCGGGAGGCCCUGGAGGCCAUGUUCGUCUCCUCCAACAGCGGCAGCGCCAACCUGUCCGAGUUCGCCGUCACCUACGAGGACAAGGACGGCGACCUCAUGCUCGUCGGAGACGUGCCGUUCGAGAUGUUCACUAGCACUUGCAAGAAGCUGAGGAUCAUGAAGAGAUCUGAAGCCACAGGCCUGGGAUCAGCGAGGCAAUGAAGAUCCAUCUGAUCUGAGGACCGGAUCGGACAAUAUGUUGUCAUGACCUUCUUGUUUUUUUUUUCGUUUUCAUUAUUUUUGUUCUUCUGGUUGGAUCCCCAAGCCGAAGGAUGAGCUUGGUGUUUCGAAGCGCAUACACGGAUGUGUGCGGCUUUGAUUCUGUAAGACGAUUAGGUCUUUUUAGCAGCACAAAGGAGAUGCAUGCUGAGGUUGUUUCAGUUUACUCUCCAUGUGUUUGUACAAACGAAACAAUACAGUUAUAUUGAUCGUUGAUCCCUUAUUAAUUACUUGAAGCCUUCGUUGAUCGA